AUGGGCUUCAACGGUAUCUUACACUAUGGGUUUGAUUUGACCUUAAUUGCCAUGGUUCUCGCCGCUAUAAGACAGAAUACUGGCUAUGUAUUCGCAUAUGAACAGUACGGCAUCGGAACAUAUCUCUACAAGUAUCUAGGAUGGGGAGAAUGGUGCUAUUCGUACUUGGUCAGGUUUGUCAAGUUUUCUGGCAAGUUUAGAAAGCAAUUGCCGCAGGAUAAGUUUACACAAGAUUCCUCGACUAGAAUCGAAGAAUUGGAUCGUACUGAACGCAAAUCGAGUUCAAGAAGGAGGCAAUCUCGACACCAAUAA